AUGAAGCCUAAACUCAUGUACCAGGAGCUGAAGGUGCCUGCUGAGGAACCUGCCAACGAGUUACCCAUGAAUGAGAUAGAAGCAUGGAAGGCUGCAGAGAAGAAAGCCCGCUGGGUCCUGCUGGUCCUCAUUCUGGCGGUCGUGGGCUUCGGAGCCCUGAUGACUCAGCUCUUCCUAUGGGAAUACGGCGACUUGCAUCUCUUUGGGCCCAGCCAGCGUCCAGCUCCCUGCUACGACCCCUGCGAAGCAGUGCUGGUGGAGAGCAUUCCCGAGGGCCUGGAAUUCCCAAACAUGUCCAGUGUCAACCCCUCAACCAGCCAGGCUUGGCUAGGCCUCCUCGCCGGGGCCCACAGCAGCCUGGACAUCGCCUCCUUCUACUGGACCCUCACCAAUAAUGACACUCACACCCAGGAGCCCUCUGCCCAGCAGGGUGAAGAGGUCCUUCGGCAGCUGCAGGCCCUGACACCCCGAGGUGUGAAGGUCCGAAUUGCUGUCAGCAAGCCCAGUGGGUCCCAGACCCAAUCUAAUCUACAGGCUUUGCUGCAGAGUGGUGCCCAGGUCCGCACGGUGGACAUGCAGAAGCUGACCCAUGGCGUCCUGCACACCAAGUUCUGGGUGGUGGACCAGACACACUUCUACCUUGGCAGCGCCAAUAUGGACUGGCGCUCCUUGACCCAGGUCAAGGAGCUGGGGGUGGUCAUGUACAACUGCAGCUGCCUGGCACGAGACCUGACUAAGAUCUUCGAGGCCUACUGGUUCCUGGGCCAGGCAGGCAGCUCCAUCCCUUCCACAUGGCCCCCGUCCUAUGACACCCACUACAAUCAAGAGACACCGAUGGAGAUCUGCCUCAAUGGGACCCCUGCUCUGGCCUACCUGGCAAGUGCACCCCCUCCACUGUGUCCCAGUGGCCGUACCCCAGACCUGAAGGCUCUGCUCAACGUGGUCGACAGCGCCCGGAGUUUCAUCUACAUUGCAGUUAUGAACUACCUGCCCACCAUGGAGUUCUCCCAUCCACGCAGAUUCUGGCCCGCCAUUGACGAUGGGCUGCGGCGGGCCGCCUAUGAGAAAGGCGUCAGGGUGCGCCUGCUGGUCAGCUGUUGGGGCCACUCGGAGCCGUCCAUGCGGGCCUUCCUGCUGUCCCUGGCUGCCCUGCGUGACAACCACACCCACUCUGACAUCCAGGUGAAACUCUUUGUGGUCCCUGCGGACGAGGCCCAGGCCCGGAUCCCAUAUGCCCGUGUCAACCACAACAAGUACAUGGUGACCGAGCGUGCCGCCUACAUCGGAACCUCCAACUGGUCUGGCAGCUACUUCAUGGAGACAGCAGGCACCUCAUUGCUGGUGACUCAGAAUGGGCGGGGUGGCCUCCGGAGCCAGCUGGAGGCUGUGUUCAUGCGAGACUGGACUGCCCCUUACAGUCAUGAACUUGAUGCUUCAGUGGACAGUGUGGGCAAUGCCUGUCGCCUGCUCUGAGGCUCACCACCCUGUGGACCCAAGUAUCCUGGGUCCAGGACCCUGUCCCCAUACCCCUGCUUCUGUCUGCCCCAUUGUGGCCCCCUGCAGGCUCCCCCCUGCUCUCCCAUCUCCAUCUCCACCCCCUCUGUGGCCCUGAGACCCAGCAGAGUUGGGGGAGGGAUAAACCCCAAGAGAAGUGGGGAUGCAUGCUGGGCCCAGACCCAUAGCCCACCUCCUUUCCAGGGUGAAGAGGGGCCAAGGUUAUAAUAUUAAGUAAAUAACCUGUCUGUA